ACAAAAUUCUAAUAAUCGUUUUUACUUUUAACAAAUUCAGUCUUCGAUAACUGGUCGAGGUGGUUAGACGUGUGUGCGCAAAGCAAAACAAAUUUUCUUUUUUAAGUUUCUCUCCUUUCGAUUCGUGGCGAUGAUGUUGUUUUAAAUAGAUUGAUCAUAAUUCUGUCGGUUGUGUUAACGCUGUUGAAGUCAUUUAAUGAUUUUGUUUGUCUUUCUAUUAUGAUCAUCGGCAAAAUUAUCCCAAAAAAAAAACAUUUAUUGAUCCGGGCGACAAAGUAAAUUUAUAGUUAGAAGUAUAGCAUAACGCAUGUUUGAAGUGAACACAAAUAAGAAAAAGAACUCAUACACAACACGAGCAUCGUCUAAGGGCCUCCUAUUACAAUAGUACAACAAUUUCUUAAUUAACCGUUUCGUUCGAACACUAACACAAAAUUUCUAAUCGAAAAUUGAUAGAGUUUGUCAAUGUGCCUUUCCAUGUGCCUACCAGUGAAUAUAUGCUUGUCGAGUUUGAUAUGUUUGUGAUAUAAAUUGUUUAAAAUUGGAUUUAUUUUGGUUGAAAAGUUUCGUAUUUGUUUCGGUUAAACGUUUGAACAUGCCGUCAACAGUUAGUGUUUCAUAGAAAUUGAUUGUUUCGUUGGCGUUGCAGAGCUUUGGAGCAUUUAAUCUUUCAAUCUAUUUUUUUGAUUUUCAAGCAAGUGAAUGCCAACUGCAGUUGGUAUGCCAGCUCAUUACGACAUGCUGGUAUCACACAGUCCACCCGUUUUUAGUCAUAGUCCACCGGCAGGCUUCUUAUCCGAUUAUGGCGCAAACAGCAGGCUCUACGAUCCAUCCAGAUCUUUAUUUCGCCCACAAACGUUACGGUCACAGGCCCAAACAAAACGUUCCGUGUCAUAUCCUCUGCUAAAACCCACAACGCCGGCAACAGUUCCAAUUCGAUCGUGUUUAGUAAUCAAGACAGAGUCCAUAGACACAACCGAUUCAUCGUACACAAAUGGAAAAGCGAAAAAGAGGGUGGUUUUUGCGGAUGACUAUGGCCACGCUUUGACCGAAAUUCGAAUCAUGUCAGAACCAUCAAACGUACCGCCACUGUGGAGUUUGGAAUUCUUGUCGCAAGUUACACGAGGUAUGACUAGUCCCAAUCCACCGGAACAAUGGGCCGUCCAGUUCCGGCAACCAGCAUCCGAUUACUUAGAAUUUAAACGGAAAUUAGACAGUAAAAAUGUAUCGUUGGAAAAUGUGAUAGUGAAAGAAACGGAAUCGGUUGUGGUUGGAACGAUAAAAGUACGAAAUUUGAGUUUUCACAAAGAAGUCAUUGUUAGAACAUCGUGGAACGAUUGGCAAAGUCAGGAAGACACAUUUUGUACUUACUCGCAGAUUGUCGGCUCUAGUGGAGCGUAUGUCAUCUACGACACGUUCUCAUUUAAAUUAACACUUCCACCAUCGAGUAACCGGAAAUUGGAGUUCUGCGUAUGUUUCCGUUGUGAUGGCAAAGAAUAUUGGGACAAUAAUGACGGCAAAAACUAUGCAAUCGUCAAACGUACCACCAACUAUUCAGCAGAUCAAUCACAAAGUUUAGACCUGGCCACUAAUCCUGAAACAAAUAAAGCGGCCAGCGCACCAAUUGGAAUUCCUAACAAAUAUGCGGAUUUAACUCAAGCCAAAGUGGCCUCGUGGUCGGAAUUCGCUUCGUGGAAUCAUUUGGAAAAUAAUUGCCCGUAUUGGUGAUGCCACAUGCAUUCGUUUCAUCGUUGAUGAUUUCAAGCAACUGUAUCCAGUCAUUCGUUUUAUAUAAACAAAAAGUUAAAUAAUUAAUUGAAUCCAUGACAAUCAAGGAAUAAUUUUUAAUACAAAAACCACACAACAAAAACGGCGAUCUAAAAUGGCAGCGAAGAAGCGUUUAAAGAAUUUUUGUUUCGUGAAAAAUGUAAAUACCAAAAUGAGGAGAAAAUUGUGCAAUAGUUGUGUAAGUUUAAAGAGACUACAAUUGCGUAAGUGUUAAGGGAAAUGAGAGGAAGGAGAGAGGAGGAGGAGAGAUAAAAAGCUAAUCAAAAUGAUCGAGUCGAGUGUAGUAGAGGACGUUGAUGGUUUUAGCGCCUAUUUAUUUUACUUUUAGAGAGAAAAUGUUAAUUUGAAAAGACUUUACAAAAAUGAUGAUUUUCUGUUUAAUUUUUCUAUUAUUAUUCCUAUAUUGAUGUUAGAUCGAUCGAUUAACUCAACAAAUUGCCAACGUUUUUCCAUUUUUAAAUAAAAUCGCGACACGUAGGAGCAUUUAUCUCUUAAAACACCAUUUUUAAAAUGAAAAUGAAAAACUAUUUUGUAUUGGACAGCAUAUUGGGACACGUUGUUGUAUGUUUCAUUUAGAUAUGUUUUGUUUGUCAUUUUAUUUCUUUUUUAUGUCUUUAUUGUUCAAAUUAGUUUUUUUUAGAAGAAGACAUUGUGACCGACGGUUUUUUCGAGAUGUUAUAGAGUCCAAUACACAAAUGUUAGGGAAAAUGAGCAAUUUGUUAACUGAAUAAAAUUGAAUAAAAAAAAGUAAAACAAAAAAUAAUUAAGAAAAAAUUAUAUCCAAAUAAGUAAAGCACUGCUGGUCAGGGUGUAACGGUUAAGAAAAAUUAAAAUUUUACAUGCUUCAAGGUCUCAGAACCGCAUAUCAAACAGCGACAUCUUUCUUCUCGAACAAUGCAACCGCAAGUAGAACGUACAGACGAAUGACUUAAAUUCUGCGUACGAGAUUUAGUAUUUGGGACUAACCAACGCACAGCGUUUGACAAUGACAUGAAAAGUAUCUUUAAUCACUAAGCCAAUGGAAAAUUAAGCACUACUUCAUUCGUUUGAGCGUUGAAACUCAAUUCACUGGGCUUGGUGAGCAAAAUACUAUUAAUUGUUACUAUACUUACCAAAUUCCUGCAAAAAGAAAUAUUUUGUCAUUUUAAACUGCGUCGAUUUCUGCACCUUUCGGCAUGUAAAGCAUAAUAUAAUCCUCGGGAAAAAGAUGAAAAUUCCAGUUGUCGAGCGGUUACUGAUUGUCGGCAUUCCUAUCAUCUGAUUGCGAUAACUUGAAUUUUCAACUUUCCUCCCUAACAUUUAUGUAAAAUAAUUAAUCUAAUGUUCCAUCAUCACGAUACAAAAACUGCUGUGGAUUGCAGUUCACUGAUUCAAGUGCGGAUUCAAAGAAAUGAUAACAGAAUGCACUAUUGUUGAUUCAAUGGCGCCAUCUGUUAUUAUUUCUCCGAAUUCAUGAAUUCUUCACUGUGUGCCUGUGUGCCUUGUGCAUAUAAUUUAUGUAAAAAUUGUACGAAGGCUCGAAAAGAAUAUUCAGACUUUUAUUUUCGUGUUUAAGAACUAUUUUAUUGCAAUACUAUUAUAUACUCCAAUCUAAAUAAUAAUAAGACUGAAAUGAAAUAACGAAAAUGGCAGCUAAUCCAAUUAUCACGUAUAUGUAUAGCUGGCUUCGCUUUCGAUUCUGCAAAGAUUGAAAUUAAUUUUUUAAGCUGUUUUCUGUUUAGUUUUAAUUUUGUAUACAUAAACCGUAUCAGAUGCGUCGCCACUGAUCGAUUCUAUCAUUGAUUGAAGUUCGAUCGAAAAGGAAGAUAAUGCGACAAAACAACGAACAUUUCCAUCAGCGAACUUUGCUAUUUUUGUGUUUCGCAAGCACGUAGAGUUCUCUUUGCAUGCCAAGGAACGAAAGUAUCUAUUUUCAACCCUCAAAGCAGGGAAAAUUUACUUUGGCAUGCAAGAAUUUUAUUCACUCCACAAAUACAGCCACUGAUUCAAAAAGAGAUCUUCACAGGUGCAAUGACGCAUUUGACAGCUGUUACUGUAAGUUUUCAAUAUUUGAAUUUUUUGGCGCACUAAUAGGGCGUGAAUGGGGAACAAGAAGAAAGUGAUUUAUCUAGACGAGAGUGUGACUACAAAUCCACGGCAUCGGCUCGUUUAAAAGCUUAUUUCUUACUUGUUGAAAACGACUAGUGAAAGUGAACCGGUACGUAAUGUACCGUCAUCGACAGAAGGAAACAUUUUAAUUUGUUUCGUGAGAAUUCAGAGAUUCUGACUUCUCGUUUGAAGUGGAAAUAUUUUCUUUUCUUUUUUGUUAAUUUUGUUAAUUAUUUUUGAUAAGAAAGGAAGUUAUAGUUACUUUAAGUACCUACUAUACCUACAAUUUGUACGAAAAAAAUUUGUUAUUUUAAUACAAUAAAAUGUGCAUAACGUUACAAAA